GUUACAGACAAUGACGGUGAAAAUGCUCUCCACUACACAGCUCGAGGAGGGAACGUAGAUCUUUUUAAGUUUCUAUCAAGUAAAGGAUUAAAUGUUAAUUGUACAACAAAUACUGGGAAGACUGUGUUACACAUGAGUUGUGCUGGAGGUAGAGAGGAAAUGUGUAGGUAUCUUGUAAAUAGGUAUCCAGAUUUAAUAUCUGUCAUAGAUAAUGAUGGAUGGUCAGUGUUACAUACAGCUUGCUUGGGGGGAAAUGUAAAAAUUGUUUACUUUCUGAAAGAAAAAGGAAUGGACAUUAAUACCUUGUCAAAUGAUGGUCAAACUAUCUUGCAUAUAGCCUGUCUCAGUGGAAAGAUUGAAGUUUGUGAGUAAUUAGUUAAUAAUUAUCCCCAUCUAUUAGAGGUCAAGGACAAGUCUAGUGAGACAGCGUUGCAUGACGCAGCCUGGGGAGGCAAUGUUCAAAUAGUAAAACUAUUGAUUGAGAAAAAGAUGGACAUCAAUACCCUACAGGGAGGUGGUGAAACAAUUUUACAUCAGUGCUGUCGUUCUGGUAAAAUGGAGAUGUGUGAACAUUUGGUCAAUCAUUAUCCAGAUUUAUUGGAGAUAAGGGACAAUAACGGAUGGACAGUGUUACAUUCAGCUUGUAGUGGAGGAAGUGUUGAAAUUGUUUCUUUUCUGAUAGAAAAAGGGAUGGAUUUCAAUGCCUUGUCAAAUGAUGGUAAAACUAUCUUGCAUAUAGCUUGUCUCAAUGGGAAGUUUGAAGUUUGUGAGUACUUAGUUAAGAAUUAUCCCCAUCUAUUAGAGGUCAAGGACGAAUCUAGUGAGACAGUGUUACACGAUGCAGCCUGGGGAGGAAAUGUUCAAAUAGUAAAACUAUUGAUUGAGAAAAAGAUGGACAUCAAUUCUGUACAGGGAUAUGGUGAAACAAUUUUACAUCAAUGUUGUUGUUCUGGUAAAAUGGAGAUGUGUGAAUAUUUGGUCAAACCUUUUUCAGAUUUAUUGGAGAUAAGGGACAAUGACGGAAAUACAGUGUUACAUUCAGCUUGCAGUGGGGGAAGUUUAGAAAUAGUUUCUUUUCUUAUAGAAAAUGGAAUGGACAUAGAUACCUUGUCAAAUGAUGGUGAAAGUAUCCUGCAGAUAGCCUGUCUUAAUGGCAAGGUUGAAGUUUGUGAGUACUUAAUUGAGAAUUACCCACAUCUAUUAGACGUCAGGGACAAAUCUAGUAACACAGUGUUGCAUGACGCAGCCUGGGGAGGUAAUGUUCAAAUAGUAAAACUAUUGAUUGAGAAAAAGAUGGACAUCUAUUCUGUACAGGGAGGUGGUGAGACAAUUAUACAUCAGUGCUGUCUUUCUGGUGAAAUGGAGAUGUGUGAGUAUUUGGCCAAUCAUUUUCCAGAUUUAUUGGAGAUAGGGGACAAUGACGGAUUGACAGUGUUACAUUCAGCUUGCUGUGAGGGAAGUGUGGUAAUUGUCUCUUUUCUUAUAGAGAAAGGGAUGGAUUUCAAUGCCUUGUCAAAUGGUGAGUUAUUGGAGAUAAAGGACACUGAGGGGUGGACAGUGUUACAUUCAGCUUGCAGCGGAGGAAGUGUAGAAAUUGUGUCUUUUCUACUCAAUAAAGGAUUAGAUACCAAUGCUUUGUCAAAUAAUGGGAAAAGUAUUCUCCAUAGAGCCUGUCUCAAUGGAAAGUUCGAAGUUUGUAAAUACUUAGUUGAGAAUUAUCCCCAACUUUUAGAUGCCAGAGACAAAUGUAGUAAUACAGUGUUGCAUGAUGCAGCCCGAGAAGGAAAUGUUAAAAAAGUAAAAUUACUGAUUGAGAAGAAAAUGAACAUCUUUUCCCGACAGGAAGAUGGUGAAACAAUUUUACAUCAAUGUUGUCGUUCUGGUAAAAUGAGGAUGUGUGAGUAUUUGGUCAACCAUUUUCCAGAUUUAUUGGGGAUAAGGGACAAUAGAGGAAGGACAGUUUUACAUUCUGCCUGCUGGGGAGGAAGUGUAGAAAUAGUGAUUUUUCUACUUAAUAAAGGAUUAGACAACAAUGCCUUGUCGAAUGAUAGUAAAACUAUCUUGCAUAUAGCUUGUCUAAAUGGGAAGUUUGAAAUUUGUGAGUACUUAAUUGAGAAUUAUCCCCAUCUAUUAGCGAUGAAAGACAAAUCUAGUAACAAAGUGUUGCAUGACGCAGCCUUGGGAGGCAAUGUUCAAAUAGCAAAACUAUUGAUUGAGAAAAAGAUGGACGUCAAUGCCAAACGGGAAAAUGGUGAAACAAUUUUACAUCAAUGCUGUCGUUCUGGGAAAAUGGAAAUGUGUGAACAUUUGGUCAAUCAUUUUCCAGAGUUAUUGGAGAUAAGGGACAAUGGAGGAUGGACAGUGUUACAUUCAGCUUGCGGUGGAGGAAGUGUUGAAAUUGUUUCUUUUCUUAUAGAAAAAGGAAUGGACAUUAAUACCUUGUCAAAUGAUGGUAAAACUAUCUUGCAUAUAGCCUGUCUCAAUGGGAAGUUUGAAGUUUGUGAGUACUUAGUUGAGAAUUAUCCCCAUCUAUUAGACGUCAAAGACAAAUCUAGUAACACAGUGUUACAUGAUGUCGCUUCGGGAGGCAAUGUUCAAAUAGUAAAACUAUUGAUUGAGAAAAAGAUUGACAUCAAUGCCCUACAGGAAAAAGGUGAAUCAAUUUUACAUCACUGUUGUUGCUCUGGUAAAAUGGAGAUGUGUGAGUAUUUGGUCAAUCACUUUUCAGAGUUGAUGAAGAUAAGAGACAAUAAAGGAUGGACAGCGUUACAUUCAGCUUGCUGUGGGGGAAGUUUAGACAUAGUUUCUUUUCUAUUAAACAAAGGAUUAGACAUCAAUGCGUUGUCAAAUGUUGGUGAAAGUGUACUACAUGUUGCUUGUCUGAAUAGUAAACAUGAUGUUUGUAGGUUUUUAUCAACAAAUCACGAAGACCUGUUAGCAGUUAAAGAUAAUCAAGGUAAAUCAGUGAUAGAUAUUGCCGCUGAACAAGGUGACAUAGACCUGAUUCAUAUUUUGAGAGAACGCCGCUAUUAG